AUGACGACAGCCUCUAAUCUCACUCAGUGGGCUGCUGGUGCCGUACGCCGAGCACUGCAGGCACAUUCGUUGCAGCACGGUAAGCGUGUUGAAGCCUUCAAACGUCCGGCAGUAGUACUAGAAAGUGAAGAUGACAGUCGAGAUGUCGCUACCCGAGAUAUGGCUAAGGAUUCUCGCGAGAUCGUGAGCAAAAAAGACGAGCUUAAGCCUGCGGCAGAAAUUACCCAGAAUACCGCCGAAGUAGUCGUAAUUGAAAACGACGACGACGCUUCGCCGAUUGCCGCGAAGGUUGACAAAGGGGUUGAAGAUAGCGACAAGCAGCUACGGGCUGCAGUGAUGGCUUCGAUCGCGAGUGAGCACAACAAGUUGGAUGAUGAUACCGGCAAUGCUACCGCAUUGCAGAAAGAGCAGCGUGAGCUGAAAAAACUGCGCGGCCGGCAAUCGCGCGACACGGAAGGAAUUUCGGACGAUAUGGUGGGUGAAGUGAUGGCACUUUUGCGUCUCUUCGGUGUGCCGUUUCUCGUCAGCCCUAUGGAAGCGGAAGCGCAAUGCGCGGCGCUGGAACAACUUGGGCUCGUGGAUGGCGUUAUCACAGACGAUAGUGACAUCUUUCCAUUCGGAGGCAAGCGCGUCUACAAAAACAUUUUCCACCACCAGAAGUUUGUCGAAGCCUUUUCGGCUCGUGAUAUUGAGCUAGAAUUGGGGUUUUCGCGAGAGCAGAUCAUUGCGUUUGCCCUGCUCCUUGGAAGCGAUUACACGGAUGGCGUACGGGGCAUUGGUAUCGUUAACGCAACUGAGAUUGCAGCGGCGUAUCCUGGUAUAGAGGGCCUUCGCGAAUUUAAAGAAUGGGUCACGACUUUUGAUGUUGCCGAAGAAGCUCAGCGCGUUGCAUCUGGUGUGCGUAAGAAGAAAGUGAACAAGGAGAGCGAUCGAGAUUUGAAAGAAGGGGGCGAUGAGAGCGACGGUGAUACAGCUCGCAAACGCUUUCAAUUGUCCCACGCAAGUGCACGCCGGAAGUGGGAACUUGGCGACGAAUUUCCGAACAAGCAAGUGAUCCAGGCGUACAUGGCUCCUCAGGUGGAUCGCUCUGAUACUCGCUUCUCGUGGAGUGCUCCGGACUUGGCUGCUUUGCGCAACUAUUGUGCCAAUGCUUUCGGGUGGGAUAAGCAAAAAAGCGAUGGCGUUCUACAGCCUCUCGAAGAAAAGGCAAGAGCUGCUAGCAGACAUAUCCAGACACGAUUGGAUCGAUUCUUUACAAGUUACGACGACCGAGUACAUUACGCGCAAAUUCAGAGCAAACGCUUGCGAUCUGCUGUAAGUCAAGGUACUGGCAGCAAGAAGAAGAAGAAAAAGAGGGAGUGA